AUGAUGAGCCUGAAGAUGAGGCUGCUGUACCUGGGCCUGGUGGUGCUGGGCGCCCUCUGCGUGUAUUUCAGCACGGACAGCCUGACUGUACUGAAACAAUAUUUCAAGAGAAAAAACAGGGCAUUCCUCCAGCUCCCGGACAUCAACUGUGGACAGAACCCGCCCUUCCUGGUGCUGCUGGUCACCUCGUCCCAGGACCAGGCCUCCACCCGCACCAUCAUCCGGAACACUUGGGGGGGCACCAGGACGGUCCUGGGAAGGCAGGUGAGAGCCUUCUUCCUCCUGGGCAGGACCCCGACUCAGGACAUGCAGGCCAGAGUGGCCGAGGAGAGCCGGCAACACGGGGACAUCCUCCAGAAGGACUUCGUGGACGUCUACGCCAACCUGACCCUGAAGACCAUGAUGGGCAUGGAGUGGGUGCAGCACUUCUGCCCCGAGGCCUCGUUCGUCAUGAAGACAGACUCGGACAUGUUCAUCAACGUGCCCUACCUGGUGGAGCUGCUGCUGAGGAGGAACAGGACCAGAAGGUUCUUCACGGGCUUCCUGAAGAUGAACGAGCUCCCCAUCCGGGCCAAGUACAGCAAGUGGUUCAUCAGUAGGCACGAGUACCCGGGCGACAGGUACCCCCCUUUCUGCUCGGGCACCGGCUACGUGUUUUCCAGUGAUGUGGCGGGGCUGGUGUUCAACGUGUCAGAGAAUGUCCCCUACAUCAAGCUGGAGGACGUGUUUGUGGGUCUGUGCCUGCAGCAGGUGGGCAUUGUGCCUGAGGCCUUGCACUCCCAGCAAACCUUCUUUCCGGAGGGGCUCCCCUUUUCCAUCUGCCGCUUCCGCAGGCUCGUGGCCUGCCAUCACGUCAAGCCACAAAAUAUACUCAGGUACUGGAAGGCUCUGGAAAGUUCCCAGGGAGAAAAGUGUCCUUUGGCCUGAGUUGUCUAG